AAUUUGGAUUCAGUCGAUGAGUUUCUCUCGCUUCUGCGCGUUGCGUUUUUCGCAGUGUUUCCGCGAUUUUUCGUUGUCGUCAUCGUUGUUUCGUUUCGUUUCGUACCGUUGUUGUGUGUGUGUGUGGUGUAUAGUGCGCCGCCUCCUCUCAUUUCAGCCCCCUUUUUCGUACAGCCGUGAGCGGCUGUAAAAGUGUGCGUGGGUUUUAAGAUUAUUAAAUACAUUUUCCUCUUGCAAAAUUAUUUUUUCCCUUUUUUUUCCUGUUCAUUUGGUUCUGUUCCCAUGCGUUUUGUGUGUUUAUUAUACAUAUCUGUAUAGAAAGAUUUUUAGAACAUUUGUUUAAUAUGUGGCCACAUUUUGAUUCACCUUCUCUCUCCCUCUCUCGCUCUCUGGUCUUUUUUGUUUUAUCUUUUUCUUAUGCGAUACGUAUCUUAUAAACAGUAGGCGUGUGGGGAGGGCAUCGCAAGAUAUGGCUGUGUGUGGCUCUUAAGCAAAUUAUCCUAUGCCUCUAGGUGCCCCAAAAACGAACAAAAAGAAAAGAUCUCAGAUCUGAAAUCAGGCAUUUGAAAAGAAUUUCAUAAAACUAUAUAUCUAAAUACAGGAAUACAGACGUAUAUGUGCGUGUGCCUUGGCACACUCACAGUCGCACACUCAAUGUGUGCACAACACACAAUUAGAACUGCACUUGUGCAGAAAAACAGACUAUUUGGCUAAGCAGGCGGGGAGAAUUCAUAUGGACAUCAUAAUUAUCAUCAUAAUCGGCUAUCGUCAGCGCCCCAAAGACCCCCCGCCCAAUCUCAAUUGGGGACGGACUGGGGACUGGGCACUGGCCACUGGGCAUUAACUAACGUUGAAGUUGGAUGUGGAAAUGUAGAAACGUGGAAAAGCGACAAACCAAACCUAUCCAAUAGUUAGCGGUGGCCAUUCUUCUUUCUUCACUUCAUCUUAUUGCCGCAGCUGCGCCUUAUUUCCACUGAAAGGCUUACUGACACAUUCUCACUUUCACAAAGACCACGAUAUUGUACAAAGCUGCUCAUACUCUUUUCCCACUACUAAAUACACAGUUAUACAGCUACGUGCAUAUAUCCAAAGAGAGCCAGAGCGAGGGAGAGUGGGAGUGUUUGAGAGAAUGCGAACGGGUGUGAGUGUGAGGAGAGUGAGAAUGAGAACGAAAACGAGAAGAGAGAGCGAGAGCGAGAGCGCGAGCGGCAGAGGCAGGCGAACAAGUAAAAAGAUGUUGCCUCUGCCCGUGCCUGUGCCUGUGCCUGUGCCUGAAAAAGAUCUUUCUCACUUCCUCAACUCAAGAACUCCGAUUCAUGAAUUAUUGCAGAUGUAAGUAAGUAUUGUGAAUAUGCAUGUGUGUACACCGAGCACGUAGAAUCGAAAUUUGAUUCGAUACGAGUCGCGUACGAGAAAAGUAAAGUAGUGCAAAAACAAGUAUCGAAUAAGCCACAUAAUCCCAGCGAAAGGGUUUCUGCGUUACUUCCAGUCCCAUCCAGUGGUCCCGUCCCAGACGCUAGCCCCUGCUAGCCUGCUACCAGGUAUAGCCCAACUACAAAGUAUAAUAAAAUAAAAAAAAAAAGAGUAGAAACAGCGCUCCACCGCCUUAUCAACGGACAUAGAUAAUAGCACGCCCAAUAAAAAGUCUGGAGAAAAACAAAAAACAGUAACUGUUACAAGCGCAUAAUAAUAAUAAGAGUGAGUGCCUCUGACCAGCCGCGACGACGACGGUACGGCUCUUGAUGGUGACAUCAGAGGCUAAAUCUAGCGCGAACAGAUUUUAAUUCCGUGAACUAGUAGGCGACGCACCGCACCCGUAUACCCGUACACCCGUACACCCGUGAAAACGACCUGGAAACCUGGCUGCAUGAAAAACAUCACCAGCUCGAGCACUUGCAGCACCGGGCUGCUGCAGUUGCAGAACAACCUGAGCUGCACUGAGUUGGAGGUUGCGGAGAAGGCAGAACCACAGGCAGUUGGACCCGGCACCAUACCAUCACCGUGGACACCAGUGAAUGCCGGUCCUCCAGGUGCCCUUGGAUCGGCAGACACAAAUGGCAGCAUGGUGGAUAGCAAAAACCUGGAUGUUGGGGAUAUGAGCGAUGACGAAAAGGACUUAUCCUCCGCUGAUGCCGAAGGUGUAUGGAGUCCUGAUAUCGAACAGAGCUUUCAAGAGGCUUUAUCUAUAUAUCCGCCGUGCGGACGUAGAAAAAUCAUUUUAUCCGACGAGGGUAAAAUGUAUGGUCGCAACGAACUGAUCGCACGAUACAUCAAACUGCGCACAGGCAAGACGAGAACCAGGAAGCAAGUCAGCUCGCACAUCCAGGUGCUGGCCAGACGGAAACUCCGCGAGAUCCAGGCGAAGAUCAAAGUGGAAACCAAUGGUGUGUCUUUGCAUUUAUUGAAUGAGAAAGAACAAACGUUGCAGGUCAUGAGCACCAUGACCAGUUCGCAAAUCGUGUCCGCCCAAGCGGCCAACAAUCUGGCGUUGGCUGCCUCGGCCCUGUCGGCGGCAGGCGGUGUGGCAGGUGGCGUCCACCAUGCGAGGCACCUCAGCCUCCAUCCCCCGCCGCUGCCGCCGCCACCGCCGCCGUCCCUAGCCCAUAGACACUCCUCCUCCGCCUCCUCGUCGGCGGUGGCAGCGGCAGCUGUUGCAGCAGCCGCAGCGGCGGCGGUCAUCCCGUCCUCCUCGUCGUCGUCGUCAUCUCCUCGACAGCAACAGCAGCAACAGCACCACUACCACCACCCAGCCCACCACCACCACCCACUGCACCACCACCACCACCACCUCAACCACCAUUCCCAUCCCAAUCUGACGCACCUACCGCAUAGUCAUAUGCAUCCGCAUCAUCACCAACAUGCGGCAGCCGUUGCAGCGGUCUAUCAUCUCCAGCAGCAACAGCAGCAGCAGCAGCAACAGCAGCAGCAACAGCAACUGCAGCAGCAGCAGCAACAGCAGCGGACAAGCAAUACGGACAACGAUCCAGUGGCUCAGGGCCCGGGCGGCGGCGGUGGUGGCUCCAUGGUGGUGCCGUCGACUUCGCCGCCAGCUCCGCCGCCACCUCCUCCUCCGCCGUCGCUGCACCACCCGCCGUUGUAUUCUGGCCAAUUCUGGCAACCCGGACUACAGCCGAGCACGUCCCAAGAUUUCUAUGAUUACAGCAUCAAGCCCUUCGCCCAGCCACCCUAUCCCGCCGGCAAGACGUCGACGGCGGUGUCCGGGGACGAGACUGGAAUUCCGCCCUCACAAUUGCCCUGGGAAGGUCGAGCCAUUGCCACGCACAAAUUCCGCCUACUCGAGUUUACGGCGUUCAUGGAAAUCCAGAGAGAUGAUAUGUACAACCGUCACCUCUUCGUUCAACUCGGCGGCAAGCCAUCCUUUUCCGAUCCAUUGCUUGAGACUGUUGAUAUUCGGCAAAUACUAGACAAGUUUCCCGAAAAGUCUGGCGGGCUCAAAGAUCUCUACGAAAAGGGUCCCCAGAAUGCGUUUUACCUGGUCAAAUGCUGGGCGGACCUCAAUACGGACCUAACAACGGGCAGCGAAACGGGUGAUUUCUAUGGCGUAACCAGCCAAUACGAAAGCAACGAGAAUGUCGUGCUCGUGUGCUCCACAAUCGUUUGCUCUUUUGGCAAGCAGGUGGUGGAGAAGGUGGAGAGCGAGUACUCUCGGCUGGAGAACAAUCGCUACGUGUAUCGCAUCCAGCGCUCCCCAAUGUGCGAGUACAUGAUCAAUUUCAUUCAGAAGCUGAAGAACCUACCGGAACGCUACAUGAUGAACAGUGUGCUGGAAAACUUUACAAUAUUGCAAGUAAUGAGAGCCCGCGAAACGCAGGAGACACUGCUGUGCAUAGCCUAUGUGUUUGAGGUAGCGGCCCAGAACAGCGGCACCACCCACCAUAUAUACCGUCUGAUUAAGGAAUAGCAAAAGCUGCCUGGAGCAGAGCCCAACCUG